AUGGACUUCACAACAUUGUCUGAAACCUCUGUGCUCGAUAUCACCAAAAAGUAUGACAUCCUCAAACAAUGGCCCUCGCAGCCAAUGGGAAAGCUAGAUGCAUCCCAAUGGUCAGCCCUGAAUCGUAUGUUGACUAAAAGACUGGCCAUCAUUCAGGGCCCUCCUGGAACAGGUAAGACCUUUACCUCCAUUGCUGCUCUGCGGAUGAUGCUCUCAAAUAAAGCGCCUACGGAUCCGCCGAUUAUAAUUGCCGCUCAAACUAACCAUGCUCUCGAUCAACUGAUCAAGCAUAUCUCGGUGUUUGAGAAAAACUAUGUGCGACUAGGUGGAAGAACCUCUGAUCCUGAAAUCCGUAAGCGCACCCCCUAUGAGAUCAGGCAAAAUGAUGGUCUGUUGAAAAUUGAGGGGGGCUUGAUGACUCCAAUGAGAAAGAAACAGAACAAAAUCGCGGCUGAGCUUGACAAGCUCCUAAAACCACUUGCGCGAUCAAACAACAGCAGGCCUCUUGAAGCAUCUCUAUUUUUGGAAAAUGGUCUUUUGAGCCAAGACCAGGUUGAUUCCUUGCAGGAAACUGCACAUAUAUGGCAGCAAUCUAACACCCCCGCAAAUACCGAUCCUUUGGCGGCUUGGCUUGCAGGCAGCGUGAGGGAAUUUCAAUCCGAAUACGCCGGUGACUUCGGGUUCAUUGAUGAUGAUAGCGACCUGGAAUAUGAGCAACUGAAGGAAAUUGAAGUCGAACAUGGAGGACAUGAAGAUGAUUGGUCAUCUUUCAGAACACGGUUUUUCCCAUUGUCGCCUGGUCUUUGUAGCUCCAACACUGCCAGAAUCUCCCGGGCCACGGUCGAAAGUCUUUUAAAAGAGAAUGACUUUUAUAAGAUUCACAAGAGAUAUCGCGGUGCCGUUUAUGAAUACCUGCGUCAGCAGCUGAUCGCGAUUCUGGAAGAACAUGUGCAGCGCCUUGCUCAAACUUACCAAGACUGCUCUGCCAAUUUUCAAAUUGGUAGGUUUGAACGAGAUUUCUGUAUUCUACAGGAGGCGAAGAUAAUUGGCAUGACCACCACGGGUCUGAGCAAAUAUAGAGGAUUGGUCUCGAGUUUGAAACCCCGGGUCAUCUUGAUUGAGGAGGCAGCAGAAAUACUUGAAGCCCCAUUUGCAGUUGCUUGCCUUCCAUCACUUCAGCAUCUUAUUCUUGUUGGUGAUCACCAGCAGCUCAAGGGUCAAUGUGCCGACUAUGAGCUCUGCGGCAAUCCUUUCAACCUCGAUGUCUCCAUGUUUGAACGUCUAAUGACAAAUGAAAUGCCGUACACCAUGCUUCAAGAGCAAAGACGAAUGGUGCCAGAAAUCAGAAAGCUCGUAGCACCUAUGUAUGGGGAUAUUCUUCGUGACCAUCCGUCUGUUGAGGAUCACCCUUUGGUUCCUGGCAUGGGAGACAAACGUUUUUUUUUCUUCGAUCACACAGCGCAUGAAAGUAACGACAAUCUAUUGUCCAAGGUCAACGAUUUUGAGGCAUCGAUGGUGGUCAAUCUCCUUACCUUGUGA